AUGGAAGAUGUCGAACUACAAAAGGUAGCUCUUCGAGCUCACCUCCGGAGAAUCACUGCGCUUGCGUUGCCCUGGAGCCUUACGAUGACUACAACCCGGACCGACUUCUGGGAGGAGUUGGAACCAUUUGUCAGGGAGAAUCUUGCAAAAUAUGGAGUCAAGCUGGUAACAGAUCACUUCGCGCUACUAAAGGCACCAAGUCUGCUUUCAGAGGAGUAUCGCGACCGGCCAGCGACACAACCAGGGUUCGACGCGAUCAUGAGGCUGGUCAGAGACGGCCACCUCUGGGUGAAGCUGAGCGCGCCGUACCGCAUCAGCGAGGAAAAGCCGGACUACUGCGACGUCAAGUUCUUGGUACGCGCAUUUGUGGACGCUAACAAGCACCGCGUUCUUUGGGGCAGUGAUUGGCCCCACACGCCGCGGAUGAAGGUGAGAACACACGAGGCGGCUAUGAAAGAGACGCCGUACCUGGAAGUCGACGAUGCAGCUUGGCUGAGGAGUCUCAAGUCAUGGCUGUCGGAUGAGGAAUGGGACUUGUUGAUGAUGCGGAACCCGAGUGAAUUAUUCGAGUGA